AUGUCGCUGAAAAAGUUUAAGUUUCAUUCUAAGCCAGACGUACGACUAGUCGUUAUGGACAAUACGGUUUAUAAGAUAAAGUUAACUUGUCAACGUAAAUCAGAAAGCCAAAACCUUAAAGAAUUAUGCAAAGCAACCUGUUGCCAGUCAGAACUGGAGAAAGCGGUGUGUGCCAUACUCUACACCGACAAGCAAGAACCAAUACUGACAGAGUCCUUUGUCAUUUAUCCAUUCACAGAAUAUGGACAGAAGAACAGGCAUGAUAUUGAAAGCCAGAACAUGAGGGAACACCUACGUAUGCAAGAAAUGGCCAAGCCCUCUCUAAAAACGACAGAAGAAGAGACUUCCAAGCCAACAGGUUUUAUCAAGUAA